UUUUAAUGUUUUUUUUUCUACCCUUUGCCCACUUUUGAUGAUGUCACUUCUGGUUUGCAGCAACAGCACUUCCUGUAUAACGGUGGCCUGCAGGUCACAGAUUGGGUUGCAAUAAGGCAGUUGUGGGUCCAAGCAGGUAAAAAUGCAGGUUCGCAUCAGGUCCGGGUAAAAUUGCUUCCGUGCAGGACUCUGUCCUUCCAUAGGGGUGCAGGUUAUAUAUAGCACAGAUGGCACACGGGCCUAACACAUGGCAGAUCUUAGAAGGCAAAUGAGCUGACAGUUUAGGCUCAGGGGGCACUUUGAUUGCCUCUCUUGUCCAACAGAAACAGCUGUAGCUACAGCCCCACUGCUCAUUAAAUGGUAAGAAACUUGUAGGCUCUCUGAAUCCUGACAGUUGGACCUUCACAUAGAAACACCUACCUGAGUAUGCUGGGACAUUGUUAGCCUUCGCCAAGUGUGCCAUUAGCCUUAGUGUGGCCCCCAACAAGCAAACUGACAUGGGCCCUUCUACCAUUGGCAAUCCCCCCCCCCUUCAUUUACUGCUGUCCCAUACAGGCUCAGACAUGAUUGAGACCCAAGAGGACAUAUACAUUGGCUCUGUGGAGACGGACCGAGGAGUAAGGGAACAGGUUCGUUUCUAUGACACCCGAGGGCUGAAAGAUGCCAUAGAGCUCCCCAAACACUGCUUUUGCGGGACAGACGGAUACGUGUUGGUGUACAGUGUGGACAACAAAGACUCUUUCAAAAGGGUUGAAGCUCUGAAGAAGGAGAUAGACAGGUCCAAGGAUAAGAAAGAGGUCACCAUUGUGGUCCUGGGCAACAAGAGCGACUUGAAGGAUCAGAGGCGGGUGGAUCACGACGCCGCCCAACAGUGGGCCAAGGCCGAGAAGGUGAAGCUCUGGGAGGUGUCCGUCAAUGAACGCCGCACCCUGAUCGAGCCUUUUAUUUCCCUAGCCAGCAAAAUGACCCAACCCCAGAAUAAGUCUGCCUUCCCACUCAGCCGGCGCAACAAGGGUGGCUCCCUGGACAAUUAAGGUGACGUAUUUAAUGUGGAUCUCGCUCGUGUCACAUAGGAGUCAAUGGCACUUUUGAUCACCAUUGUCCAUUCUGCCUGUGGUGCACACAGAGGUAGGGCAUUUAGCUGCGUAAUGUAAUAUACAUUUGGGAUAUACUUUGAAGGAUUAACACCUUCAUCAAUGAGAAUCUUGGUACCAUUGUGACUGGAUCAUACCUUCUUACACCUGUCA